UCACUCCUUUGCGAACCCGAAAGAAACGGUCGACUGGGAUCCAAAUUACUGAGGGAGAAAAAGAGAUGGAAGAAGUUCCUCUUUCUAGGAAAAAAAGAAGGGUGGUAUUUACCUCAGCUAGCACCGGUGAUGAUGUUGAAGAGAUUGAAAAUACUGCCACUGGUGCCGGCUCAAAUCCCUCUUUCAGUAUUGACGAUAUUACCAGGGCUACCAACACCUCUCCGGGUCCUGAGGGAACAAUUGUUCUUACUGACAAGUCACCUGAAGCCAGAGCCGCACCUCUCGUUCCCAGGACAGAAUGCAGUCUUCGCUCUUCUUCCCUCGAGAGUGCAUCACUAGUCUCCGCUCCAUCUUCUUUGGCUGGACAUGGUUCGACAGAUCCCCAACCGACAAUCACAUCUACCACAGUUGAGAUGAACAAUCAAAACCAGCUGGAAGGGGUUACCAAUGCUCUUGGUCAUGCUUUGUCGAUCCGCUCUCCCUCUGUUCCUCUGCUGCUUCCAGCACCUCCAUCUGGUCAAACUGGUGAAAAUUUUGUCGGUUCUAGUGUCAGGGGUAGGCUCAUUCUUGAAGAACUUUCUAAGGCUCGUCAUCUUGAAGCUGCCAGUUGUGGCACCUUGGCAUCUGACUCUUCAGCUGCACAUAUCCAAGCAAUUAAGCGCAAAUGGGCUGAAUUUUUUGAGCUGUCCGUAGGAGGCUAUUCAUUGCUUGCAGCUAAUCCUAUCACUGCUGAUAGGGUUAAAAUUUUGCUAGAAGAGCUAUACGAUGAUGACAUCCAAUUCUCGAAGUCUCCGCAGUUCAAGGAACGUUGCAAAAUCUUCUUGGAGCAAUUCCUUGGUGGUAUGAAGGCUUACCAGUACGACAAGGAAAAGAUCACAUCUCUAACAGCCUUAGAAGAGAAAUGCCUACAGUCUCUUGCUUCCAUUAAGGAACUUGAUCAGUCAUUGCAGGGCAAUGAAAAUACCUUACAAACUCUGAUCGAUGAACAAGUUAAUCUUGCUACUGAGGAAGCUGAGCUAGAGAAACGUCUGGCAGAUGUUCGUCAUCGUCGUGGGCUUGUGGCUGGUGAAAUAUCCCAAGUAAACAGGACCUUGGAACGUGACCUUGAUGCAUUCAAGACGCUACCUCAUAGGAAGUCUCAACUGGCCAAGGAAUUAGCUGAUCAUCGACAUGCCAAGAAUCAGCUGGUGGUCCGCAAUGGUUGCUUAGAUAUCGACAUGUCAAGCUUCCACAAGGAAGCGAUGGACUUUGUGAAUAAUUUGUAAUUAUAAUAGUUGACAUUCUAAUGGAAAGUCCGCCUUUGCUCA